AUGUAUGAGAAGGAAAGCCGGGAGAAGGAAUGUAGUAGCCUAAGACGGGUGGCUUUUCUAGGCGUAUCACUUUCAACGUUUGCCACUCUAGUGAGUGUGAUCUCAGUGCCACUGUUAUACAAUUAUAUGCAACGAAUGCAAUCGGUGAUGCAAAGCGAAGUUGAUUUCUGCAAAUCUAGAUCUGGUAAUAUAUGGCGAGAAGUAACACGCACACAGGUACUUGCGACAGUGAACAGCGGAGCUCGGCAAUCUCGUCAAGUAGGCUAUGGAACAUCUGAUAUUGCUAUAGAAGGAAGACCAAGUUCUUUUCCCACAGGAGUAUGUUGCGGCUGUGGAGUUUCUACACAAGGACCACCUGGGCCGCCAGGACUUGAUGGAAAAGACGGAGAAGACGGAGAGCAAGGACCUCCCGGCAAAGAUGGACCGGAUGCUCCACCCCCGAUUCCUGCUCCGGCAUUUGAACCAUGCUACGAAUGCGAAGAUUCACCAGCUGGGCCUCCUGGGAUCGAAGGACCAAAAGGACAGCCAGGCAACGCAGGCCCGCCCGGAACUAAUGGUGCAGAUGGGCAGGCUGGAGCACCAGGAGAACCUGGAUUGGAGGGCCCACCCGGCCCACCAGGUCCACCAGGCGAAAAAGGAGCGGAGGGGCCUGCUGGCGUCACUAAUGAAAUUCCUGCACCCGAUGGACCUCCAGGACCUCCAGGGCCACCUGGCCAACCUGGACAAGAUGGCCUUCCUGGCGAAAACGGUUCGUCCGGAUCUGCUGGACCCGAAGGACCACCUGGUGACAGCGGGAAACCCGGAUCACCUGGAAAACCAGGAGGCGACGGAGAGAGAGGAGCAGAUGGAGAACAAGGAGGAGCUGGUGGAUGCGACCAUUGUCCACUUCCACGAACCGCUCCUGGUUACUAA